AUGUCAUCUAAUAUACCUCAAGAAAGAAACUUGGAUGCUUGUAUACAGGUUCGUGAUUUAGAUCCUCAGGUGACAGAGUCGUUACUCUGGGAACUGAUGAUACAAGCUGCACCAGUAGUAAAGGUAUUCAUGCCAAAAGACAAACUGACACAACAACAUUCCGGUAGAGCAUAUAUUGAAUUUCAAAGUGAAGCUGACGCAGACUAUGUAAUGAGAAUUAUGAAUUAUGUAAAGUUAUUUGGUAGACCUUUGAAAUUGAAAAAAGGAAAUAAAGAUAAGAUUGAUGUCGGUGCGAACUUGUUCAUUGGUAAUCUAGAUGGUGAAGUCGAUGAGAAACUACUACACGAUACAUUUUGUCAAUUUGGUACUAUUAUACAACCUCCAAAGAUUAUGAGAGAUACAUCAUCUGGAGUUUCAAAAGGAUUUGGAUUCGUUUCAUAUGAUAAUUUUACAAGUUCAGAUAUGGCGAUAGAGGCGAUGAACGGUCAGUUCUUGUGUAACAAACCGAUCUCUGUGACCUACGCCAGAAAGAAAGACUCAACAGAGAAACACGGUGGUCAUGCAGAACGUCUUAUCGCUGCAGGUAAACAGAGAGGAAUACCAGCGUUUGCUCAACAGGGUGCACCUGCCAACAUGCCAUACGGUGUAAAUCCAUCAUUCCCACCACCUCCACCAAUGCUAGCACAACAACUACAACAACAACCUCCACCACCACCACCAGGUAUAAUGCCACCACCACCACCUUCAUUCCACCAAUGA